AUGAUCGAUUUUGUUGUUUUCUUGAAGUUCGUCACAUAACCUAAAAAUUGUUUACUUUACUUUGUAGAAGUUAUUAAAUUGUAUGUAUUAUGAUUAAUUUAUGUUAUUACGACUUCUAGUGCAUUCUAGCUUUUAGUAAAUAUAGAAUACUAUGAGUAAAGUAUUCAGCUUUGCUAGACAAUAUUUUAAAAAUAUUGCUGUUCAAGCAGGAAUUAUGGAUGCAAGUAAAUUAGGGCCCAUAUCUUCAGAAAUAAAAGAAAUUGGUGAACUGAUAAACGAUAAAAGUACUGGUACAUUUAUGUUGCCCAUCAACAAUGAAUUUGCUGUUAUUCUGUACAAUAAAUUGGAAGACAAAAACGGUUACGAAGAUGACAAAACUCUGGUACUGACACAUACCGAAGUACCUCAAAUAUAUCAAGGCCAAGGCAUUGGAAAACUUGUUGCAAAGGAUGUAUUUGAAUACUGUGUCAAAAAUGAAAUGAAGCUCAUUCUAACUUGCGAGUUUCUGCAAGAUUGUAUGAAGAAGAAUCCCCAGUUCCAAAGUUUGUUAGCUGAUCAAUGAUUGUUGAAACUUAAGAGAUAUGUAGGUAAAUGUAUAUUUUCUAUGUUGAAUCCAACAUAUGAGACAAAUAUUAUUAAAAUAACUAAAGACAGGAAUGUUUCAAAAAGGUUUUAAAUAAGAAAUAAUUAAUACAUAUAGAAAUGCAAAAUUUUAAAAUGUUCAAUUCAAAUUUGAAUUUUUUUACAUUGUUUAUAGGAUAUACUGUAAAAUUUAUUAAGAUAUGUAAAUACUGUAAAAUAAAAAUUUAAAUGAUAAUCAGAGAAGUGGCUUGGCUCUCUCUUUUUCCUUCAGAAUUUAUUAUUUAUAAGUUAAUUAUGCUGUUUUGUGAAUCAAAAUAUUAUGAAACAACAAAUUAAUUUUAAAAUUCAUCAAUUAGGAAAGAAACGAAUGCCUAAUAUUGUGCGCCAGUGUGCCUAUUAAAAAUUUGAAUUGGCUUGUAAAGAAAUCGCCACCAUCCGUGUACACACUUUUUUGGCUAAAGUCAAUACACAAUUCAACAGACAGACGCAUACAAACGUCUGCAUGCAGACCUACGCAGGCAGAGAGACGUUUAUCCAUAACCUGUGGAAAGGUUUUUAUCCGUCUACCUGCAUACUUCCGUCUGUUGAUGUUUGAGCGGGCCUUAAAAGAUUUCACUCAACUUACUUAAAAAUUUCAAUUCAAUUUUGACUUAAUUUUCUAUUUUUUAAUGUAAACAUGCAAAGCCUAUGUUUAUCUUUGAUUAAAAAUUUACUGUGGUAGAACUAACAAGUUCCAGCUGAUGAUUCAACUUGUAAACAUAGUUGCUAUGAUAUAGACAGUGGAAUACAAAAUGAGUUUCACUUUUUUGUGAAUUAAUAUUAAAUUUUAAUUUUACCAAAGUAAAGGCGAAACUUUAAACGCCUAUCAAUGCAGAGGGCUAAAGACAGUAUAGUUUUCAAAAUUUUACUUUAUUUAGUUGUACUUCAACUGAAAAAUUGCGCAUGUGAAAAUAUGACAGAAGACCGGGAAUCAAAACCAUUCGGCUCCCUAGAGGAUGACUGGCGUAGACUGGAUUUACUGCAGAGCCUUCAGCCAAAAAACUCAGUUCUUGGAGCGGAUCUUGUAAAGGCAUGUCGUUUGUUACUGAGCGCCCUCUAUCAGAGCACCUCAACCAACUUGCAACAACAAAGUCCCACAAAAAUUGCUUCUUUUGUUCAGAACAGUAGUGUUCAUUUCUCUACAAACUUAACAAAAAGCGAUGAAGAUUAUAAUAAUCGUAAGAAUAGGUUGAUUGUAACCACUGAGAGACUAUUGAGGCUUUACAACACGUCUGCAGAAAAUACUGAUCUAAAACUUCAAAAAACCAACACUGGUGACAAUAGUCAUAAAUUGAAGCCCAUAAUAAACAGGCACGAUUCACGUAUAAUGAACAGUAAAACAAGAGGAAAUUACGAACACAUUAUAACUACUACAUUGUUACCAUUUUAUAAUGCUGCUUUGAAAAAUAGUAGUACACUCAGUGAAGGAAACAAAGCUAUCCAAAACAAGAGUCUACUCAAUGCAUUUGACAAACCAUCAGAAGCUGGAUUUGAUAGAGGUACUGAUUCGUUUGAAGCAAAAAAUUUUGAUCAUAAACGUGAUGAAAAAGCACACAAUAAUUAUCUAAAUAAUGAAAUGAGGGGGAUAAAUUCGAGUGCCCGAUGUGGAAAAAGUAAUCAAUUCAAAUUUCCCGAGCAUGUAUUCAAUUGGACGGAUACGCAUUCGUUGUCGACUACCGAAUCAGAUAUGUCGCUUCAGUACUUCAACAUCAAUAUUUUCCAAAAUACUUACAUUGGCAGUACGACAAAUGCUAGCGAUAACGGUUCACGAUUGGCACCCACUGAGGCGGUUCCGCUGCGUUCUGAAAUUCUUCAUGAUUUUCAAAAUUUGGUGAAAAAAGUUGGCGUUACAAAAAACAAGUUUGAUUCAAACUCUAGCCAUAGCUUGCAAGGGUUUGAUAGAAAUGUAGAUUACACAGAUUAUAAGAAUCUAACAAAUUUUAAUGGAAAUGAUAUAGAGAAAGAGAAUAUACAAAGUAUUGCGAAAAAGAUUGGUGUAACAGAUGACAAGAGUUUUUCAAACAAUAACAGCAAUUAUUCAAUGACAGGCAUGAGAAUUGCUGCUGAAGGUGAGGAUUCUAAUUUGAAAUCGGAUGGUAAAGAAGGUAGCUGCAGUGUCAACUCGAAUUCAACUUCAUCAAGAGAAACACUUCUUUCUGAUAUCAGCCUAAAAGAUUCAACAAUCAACUCCUCGAUAUUUUCUGAUAAAACUUUGAAAAAUCUCAACGAAAAUCUAAACCAAGAAAUUGACAGUUUAGACAAGAAUCAAGGAGUACUUUUGACGUUUAAUGACAAAGUUGUGCCGAAUAUAACCGCUGUUAAUAACGGACAACUGCUGUCUGUACCACAGGAACAAGUGGAGGAGAUCGCCGACUUGGACAAGGUUGUGCAGAAAUUCCUCGAUUCCCUUUAUAACGGUUCAAUCCAUGUGAAGAAAGAUGACGGAUCCUUGCUGCAGGAUGAUAAUAUUCUAAUUCUACAGGGAAAUGUGACUGAUGCCAAUAAUGCAGAAAUUAAUGCAAAUUUGAAAUCACUAUCCACAAAUGAAUUGAAUUUAAAUACAAAUCAGAGCAAUGUGGUGAUGAGUAACCAAGAUGCAGCUCAGAAUCAUUUGAAAUCAUCAAAUUCAAGUCAAGAAAUUGUUGAUAAUGAGAUGAGAGGGAAUUUAAAACAGGCAUCUGAUAAUGUGAGCAUAAAUCAAUCAUAUAAUUCUAGCAGAGAAAAUAAUGGAGAAAUGCAAGCGAAUAUGAAACAUUCUAAUUUAUCUAAUACAAGUAGUACUGAAGCUGUUGGUGAAAAUCAAGUAGAUUCCCAGCCCGCAUUAAAUGUGAAUGCGAAAGAAUCGGCUAUUAAUAGAUCUGCAGGUCAAAUACAAGAAAAUUUGACACAAUUAUACAAUAGGAAAGAAUCACCUAUUAAUGGACUUGCAGGUGAAACGCAAGGAAAUCUGUCACAAUUAUCCAAUACGAAAGAAUUACCUAAUAUACUUGCAGAUGAAAUGCGAGGGAAUAUGUCACAUUUAUCUAAUAGAAGUUAUGAAAUGAUCAAGGGUAACAAAUUGAGACAAAACUCCAACACUUUGAUCGAAAUGGAAAGCCCCAAUAAUGAACUGAAAAAAUCUGCAACACAAUCAAUGUUUGAACAGAAGAAUUCAAUGGUGGGAUUGGAAAAUAAUUACACUUAUGAAAAUGGUUCUUAUUCAUCUCUAAAUCAGAGCAAAAAUAUUCUAAACAGUAGUAAAAGUGAAAUCAAAGAACAUUUCAAACCUACCUCAUGGAUUGAAAACACUGGGUUGAUAAAUUCAAGUAGGAGUUGUGGUUCAUCAAAUGCGGAAGCUUAUUACAAGAAGGGCAAUGAACUCAUGAAUUUGAAAAGUCAUCGAAAUGAAAUUGAAAAUAUGGUUAAACCUUCCUCAACGAACCAGAGUGAUGGAUUGUCAAAUAUAAGACGUGACGAUAUUCAAAUGCAAUUAAAACCUACAAAUUUCAAUAGAACCAAUAACAAACUGAUUGAAUGUCAUGAUGAUGAAAUAAAGGGGAACUUGACGGUAUCACAUUUCUAUCAGAGUGAUAAGCUGACAAAUUCUGGAAUAUACGAUGAUAUAAAUAAUAUGAAAUCAUCCUCUUAUUCAAAUCAAAGCCAUUCCAAAAGUCAAAAAAAUGAAAUGAAUGACAAUUUGAAACUAUCGAGAGGCAAUGAUUGGUAUAAUUUUGAUGAUGAAAUGAAAACAGAUUCUAAGCCAACAAACCUUAAUAACAAUACCAGUAUUGAAUUUUCUAAUUCAACUAAUAUGCUUCAAGUUGAUGCAAUUAAAGGAGGGCAAUUAUAUUGCAAUCACAGUAAUAAAGAAUUGACAAAUUUCACCAACAAUGACACGGGAAAUUCAAAAUUAUCGUCUCUUGUACAGAGUCACGGAUUAAAUAGUUUGGGAAGAAACUAUUCAAAUGUUCAAUUGAACAAUAAACAUGAUAUGGAUAGUACAAUGAAUUCCAACAAGAAUUCAAAUUCAACAGCAAAUGAAGAUACAGAUAAUAAUCAUCGUAUAAUCAGCAUGCCUUUGAAAAAUUCUAAAAUCUCCAACAGUUCUAUAAACAAAAAAAGUGCAAGUACUUCUGAUCCAUAUUCAUAUAAUGUUGAUAAUCGUUUGGAAAAGACGAUAAUUUCUAUCAAUCGAGAAUAUCCAUCGAAUGUAACUUCGCACAGUGAAGAUCGACUGGAUAUUUCCAAAAAGCGCAGUGAAACUUCAAGUGUUGAUUUGAACAAAGCAAGUAAUGAUUUGUUAGUGAAAAGCGUUUCACAAUCCAAUGAUCCUAUUCGGUACAGAAACGCAAGCUCAAAUAUUUCAUUAUCAGUCAACCCUGAACAAAGGUUGAACAAUGAUGAGAGCAUUGUUCUGUUUGUCGAUGAAGUAUGUAAUUCUAACAAGGAGAAGGAAAUUAUUGCUCAGUAAAAGAAUAAUCAGCAAUAUACCUGGAAAUGCAAUUUAGCUAGGGGACCACUGGAUCAGCUUCCAGCUCUAUAACUCUCAACCGAUAUUAGUUGUUGAUAGUCAAGGAUACUGAACAGUGCAUGAACUGGAAAUAAUGUAUUGACUAUAUUCUAUCACGGUAUUUUUUCCAGAUUGGAAAUAUCGGGAAGCCUGUUCCGAACGCAAAGUAAAAAGCUUUAGGGGAAUAAUGUAUUUAUUUACAAAGCAUGCUGUUUAUGAAGUGCAGCUAGAUCAAAUUUGGUUAAACUGAAUUGGAUCAGAAUUGUCCAGCAAUUCAUGAUGACAGAUUUUGUUGGGAAUUGAACAUUUCUUUAACUUCAGCGGUUGUAAAAUUUGAAAAAAUUUAAGAUAAUAAAUUUUCGAUUGAAAUAUA